GGCGAUACUCAAUUAUCACAAGCGCAACCACUACAGUCUGACAGACUUGUCGGUUGCCCCAGGAAUCUAACGAUGCGGCACAUUGCGCAUAUGAGUCAGAUACUCGACCCCCAUCGUAUCAUGAUCACACAUGAAUGGCGUUUCUUCCCACAGUACCCCUGCAAUACCAUCGCAACAGCCCUAGUAGCCCCAACACCGAAUAUACAGGGUGCACGGUCCGGAGCGGUCCUGCCAGUCUAGCUGGCUUAGUUACUUCUUCGAUGCUUGCGAUAGUGCCGAUGUACACUACAGUACCUGCCCAGCCGAGCGCGUAUGCAACACAUGUCGGGUGCCGCACCAGCGGAAACGUUCCAGAAAAGAGUGCGUAAGUCGACGUGAUGCGGCGGCAAAUGACGUCCGGUUAUCGGGGUCAAGCCACUGUGGUUGUCCAGGCGAAGAGGACGAGACUGAUAUGACAGAUAAAAGUACCACAGCUGUUGUAUAAUUUAGUGUUGCAAGAAAGUUGACCGUAAUUGACUCCCAGGCCAAAGACGCGGCUACAACCAAAAGGACUAUGAGGAGCUAUAGAGA